AUGUCCCAGAACGGCAUGUCUGUGAACAAGGAGACCUCCAAUGGAGUUUCUCUGAAGGAUGGAGUGAGAUCGAUGAUGAGAAAGGGUCUCUACGCUGACCUGACCAUCCGAUGCAACAACGGCUCAGAGCACAAAGUCCACAAAGUCGUUGUGUGCUCGCAGUCGAGAUUCUUCCACAACGCGUGUAAGCCGGACUCGCCGUUCAAGGAGGCACAGACGGGGGUCAUCGAGCUUGCUGAAGAUGAUCCGAAAACUGUCAAGGCCAUGAUUACCUUCAUGUACGAAGAAAAAUACGAAUAUCACCCGGAUCAGGACGACGACUAUGCUCCAGAGGACUACGACUACGACUCCCAAUCAGAAACGGAGGAGGAAGACGACGAUAUCAUUACUCAGGACAUCAUGUUCCAUCUUCAUUGUUUCCUGCUAGCCGACAAGUACGAGGUCAGCCUCAUGAUGCUCCACGCAGCCCUGAAGGUUCGCGACAAGAUGCAAAUGUACAAGUACCAUUUAAAUCCAGACUUCCCAAGAGUCGUCCGAUUCAUCUACGAGAAAACGACUCCUUCGAUCAACAGCGGCCGGCGGCUCCGCGACAUCAUCCUGAAGCUCUGCGUCGAGAACCUCACCACCCUGUACCUGAGCCCGCGUUUCGAGAACGUCUUGAGCCCCGUCAACGACUUCUGGAAGGAGCUCGCCCGCGCCCAGGCGAAAAUCCCUCAGGCACCCCCUACGUGGGUCCAGUGUCCUCAGUGCGCAGUCACCUUCCCCGCACUGCUCCAUCCCGACCCUCCCAUGAUGUACGAAGAGCUAUCCUGCGCCUACUGCUGCAAGGAACAUGCCACCCAUGCUGUAUGGAAGAAACGCCAUGCCCUACCCCCGCCCGAAGACGUCAAGGGCCCGUGGGAUAUUACGGAGCGGAUGCUGCUUCUCGCGGAGACGAUGAAACUAGCUGAUGCGCUUAUGGCGAGCCCGCGGAAGAGGCAAAGGCGCGGCAGCGAUGAUUCGUUUUAUUACUGA